UCGACACGUACGAUAUAUAUACCAUUACAAUUUCACACUCAAAACGUCCAGAUUUCAUUGUUCCGAUCUAAUGCAAUGUAACCAAACGUUCAAAUAUUAAACGUAAAGGAAUGUGUUAAAGUUAUCAACUUUUACGGUUGAAUGAGAAUAAUAUAAAUAUUCAUAUAAUAUCAAUACCUCUACAACAGUGACGUAACGUUAAAGCAAGGGGCCCCCGGUUCAAAAUUUUCGAAGGCCCCCUGGUAGAAGUGCGAAAGGCACAAGUCAAGCGCCGUAUAUGCACAAGUUUUCUAGGGGUCCAGGGCUCACCCGGAAAGUUUUUGAAUCUAGACUCUCUGAAAUGCCAUUUCCUGGACUUUGGGGAGAGAUUUUACAGAAUUCUGAUGGUCAGAAACCGACAUUGUAACAUACGAGAGGCCCUGGCCAAUGUUUUUGCUUUAUCGCCUAAGCCAGGGGGCCCCCAUUGGGGUUGGGGCCCCCGGGUUUUCCCGGUCUGAGCCCAUAGUAGUUACGCCACUGCUCUACAAUAAUCUACAUCGCUGUACAUGUCUUCGUCCAUUUCGACUAUGGCUUGGCGGGAAUUUGUAAAAUAUCCCUAAUUCACCCCCAGUCUGCAUUUUAUCCUCAGUCUGCAUUUUAUACCCCCAGUCUGCAUUUCGUACCCAGUCCGGUCUGCAGUCUGCAGUCCGCAGUCUGCAGAUUAUACUGACCGGCAGCCAAAUACCAGAAGCUCGUCUAGGAGACAUGAUAUUGAACCAAGCCUUACACGUGAAGAUUCACUAGUCGUACUUAAUAUUUUUUCAUUAAGAAAAGCGUGAGUCUCACUUACUGUUCGAUUGCAAAGUGAAACUCUGAUGUGUUUAAGGCUUAUAGCACUGUUAAAUUCGUUUUGAAUAGUUCGUCCUCGGACAGUCAUCUUUUCUACCAGUUCUAACAGAUAUAUCAACCAUAAAAUUUGCUUUUCAUGGUGUUUCGCAGCGAAAAACAGGUAGCGAUCAAAUAAUACGUGUACUGCAGGCUUUGUUGGCUCUGCAAGUACUUCAUCUACUGAAGGUAUUUCAAAGAGAACAAGAUGGCUGCCAUUGAUGACAAUGUUGUUGGCACCACCUCAGAUUCUAAUUUUACCCGCUUUUUAAAAAGCAUAUCGCUUGAAAAACAUCAGCUUGAACUAGAACAAAUGGGCAUACAAUCUAUAGAUCACCUAGCAGACGUAACGGACGGCGAUGAUGCUGAGUUUGCAUUCAUGACAAAAUUCGAAUUUAGACGACUUAUCCGCGAAUAUAAGCAAUUUUGCAUUGAAACUGGCGCUGCAAAGACAAAUUCACCUUCAGGUAGUGCUUGUGGUUCAUAUAAAACGUCAAGUCAAUCUGUCAUUGUAAAACUGCCAAAGUCGUUCAGAAACUUCUUUGGCACACGCGACGGAAUGGGAAAUGUCGUCGUGGGAACGCCAGGUUUAAAAAGCAAGUACAAAAACUUAUGGCAUGAUAGACCCCGCAAUCCAAGCCAGGUUCUGUCGAAUUCGUUUGUGUUGAAGAUGGCUGAAGAAAGAUUUAAAUUUGCAAAGAGUUUGAGAGACUGUGAACUUUGGUGCAGGCAGGAAAGGGCAACCAGAAUUAAGUUGCUUUUAGCAACCAGCAAGUCACCUGCAAUUGACAAAUGGACAGAGUACUAUAAGAAACAGUCUAUAUAUGGUCAAAUCCAAGAGAUACAGAAGAGAUUUCCUGCGACUGAGGCCAUCGCUGCAAGUCAGACUGACAGUGUUACACUCAACAUAUAUGAGAAACUAUGCAAAUACCAAAUUGAGCUUGUGAGAAUUGAGAAAUUUGCCAUAAAUGCCCUUCAUGCUUGCGAAGGUCAAAUUAGGAAACCACCUAUUUCAGAAGGUAUUAAUUUUAUGGAUACAUGCCUUAAAAUAUAAUUGAUAUGCAUUUAAACUAGGGAAAUCAUAAAUGUCUAUAGAAACUUGCUCUAUAUAAACUUAAGGCUAUUUUGAAGCUUAACUGCAUGUAUGUUGACUUCUUUUUAAUCAUAGAGUGGCAAGAGCCAAAUGAAUUUUAUUUACACCAUCUACCACUGCUGCAAGAGGCUGUUGAGCAUGUUAGUACAAAAGUUACUGCCUUGAAAGCAAAAGUUGAGAUGGCAGCUGAAAAACACAAGAAAACAGCAUCACAUAACAAAAUUCAACAAAGAAGACAGGCAAAAAGAGCAAAGCUUCAUGCUAUUAUAAAUGUGACUGAAGGGCCUGGUGAUGAUUGUCAGGGGCGGACCAUUGUUCUAAUGGUCCGCCCCUAA